AUGGGUACCACACUUCUGGCACUUUGCUGUGGGGUGGUCUUGGGCUGGGCAAAUGGGAUGCCCCACCAAGUGGAGACCAUGACUGUCUCCAAAAUGCGGAUGGCGGAUUUGGAGAACUCCGCAACGGGGUACACGUACAGCCAACAACAUGGCCAACCAGCAACUUUGGUGCGCUAUGACAAACACGGGAAUGGACACUUCUACGACGCUCCAGCUCCUGUUCACAUAGUUGCAGAUCAUGAAAAGAUCGAUGCCUUCCAACCAGUGGUAACCUUUGGGACCCCGGAGAGCAGAAUCGCAACGUAUGACCAAAAUCAAGGGCUGUUCAUCAAGGAUGGUCUUCAGGCAGUGCCCUUAUCAACGCCAUACGUGGGAGCUUAUGUCCCGGUGAUAGCUAAGGCCAAUCCUGUGGAACAUCGAUACAUCCCCGAUGUUCAUGACGGCAAAGGGGAGGUACAUGGACAAAUUGACGUCGUGGAAGACGACGAUGACCAUGACGAGGACAGCGAUGAAGACGACGACGACAGCGAAGAAGGGGAUGACUUUGAUGUUCAUGGAGGUGAUCUUGGCCCGAAUGGGGUCUUUGUGCCUGGAGGGGUUAUCACUGAUGUUGGGGCUCAUCACGGAACGUCAUCAUCGGGACAUGGCAAGCAGUAUAACGUUGAAGAACAUGCCGAGCAUGGCGAACGUGGGGACAAGGGGUUCAAAGAUGUUAGGAACUUCGACAAAGGGGAGAAAGAGAAGCACGACAGUGAACAUCAAGCUGGUCACUACGACAGUAACAGUGGUCAUGGAGGGUCCCAUAGCGAGGCGGAUGGUCAGUAUGGUCAUCAUGAAGAAUCCGUGAAAGGGGAAAAAGGCGACAGCCACGGUAACUCGGCUUAUCACAAGAAAGGCCACAAGACCACAGGUUAUCACAACGUGUACCAUAAGGACGAGUACAAGAAGAACACUGACUUCUACGACGAGGACCACAAAAGUGGUCAUCAUGACAAGCACGCCUCCUUUGAUGAACAUCAUGCAGCGGAAGAGGGUGGACACAAAGAGGGUGGUCAUCAGGAUUCAGGAUAUGAAAACCAGGUCCGGGGGGAUAAAGGAAACUACGAUAAGGGCCAUCAGCACAGCCAAACUCAGGGCCAUAAAGGGAAAGAAGGCGAAGAGAUUUAUCAUGAUAAUCAUGCGGAUUAUGUGACCAAUGGCGGCUUAAGCAAAGCUAACGAGCACGGAUACCUUCGGAGCCAUCGUUAG